AUGUCUGACCCUCUCUCCGUGGCCGGUACAGCUGUGGGUAUUAUAUCCCUCGGUUUGCAGGUCUGUGGCGAGAUUGUUUCGUUUUGCCAGGCAUGGCGGGGUUUCGAUGAGGAUAUCCAAAAUAUCGGUCAAAAAGCCAAUGGGCUUUGUAUGCCACUGAGAUCUUUAAGGCAACUGAUUAAAGACUUCCGUACCACCGACCCCACGAUCGCGAACGACCUCGAAGAGAAGGCAAAGAGCAUCGAAGAGGCGAUAAAACGGCUCAAGACAGCGGUAGAUCGAUAUGCACGUACCACAUCCGAGCAAGGCUCUCUUCGGUUCCAGCUCAAAAAGGCUGCAUAUCCCUUCCGAAAGGAAUGGUUGCGUGACAUGGCAGAUGAUCUGGAUAGCGUCCAGGGGGUGCUCGCUACAGCCUUACUGAUCUAUUCGGCGCAAAAUACUCGAGCUGUCCUAGGGAAGAUGACUCAAGAGAUGCAGGCGAUGCACUUGACGUUACGAGAUAUACCAAAGCAAUUCAUGCCACCCCCAAGUUUACUACAGUCAUGGUGUGCUCAAGGAGAACAACUGUCUGGACUGAGCUCAUCUUUGCAAAUAGCAACGCGGGGUGACCAUAUGAUAAAGAGCGCCUCCGUCGAGAUGAAUCGUGAUGGAACCUCUCCAAGCUCAUACAAAACAGAAGCAACUCGUGACACAUCAAUUGCUUACCAGGAUCGCAAUCCGGCGAACAGUGGAUGUAAACCUCGCUCACGUCCAUCCCGCAAGGAAACAGAAGUCAUUAAGGCGUCCUACUACUAUUGUAGUCACCUGUUGGGUUUUGCUAUUGAAGCAACAUUCUCGCUCAAAAGGGGAGCUGGAGGGUAUUCAAUCGCUCCUUUUCUGCACCUACAGACUCUAUUGGACAAAAGAAAAAGUCUAGGAUACCGAUUAUGUAAAGAGUUUCGGUUCAAGGUCCUGUUUGGAUGCGCAGCACCAGAUGAAUUUGAAUUACUCGUGAAUCACACGUUGCAGUAUCUUCAAUGGGCAUUCGAUCUACAAAAGGCAACGCCAUUUGAGUUGAUUGAGCAUUGCGGUCAAGAGCUUUCACUUUUUGAUCUUUUUUACAACUAUCGUGGGAGGUCGAUCGACUCAGGUCGAUCCGACCACUUUCACAGACUUCUCAACUUCUUAUUGGAUUGCGGCUCCAAGCCAAACGCAAAGCACCACCAUAUCACCGCAUGGUACCGUGACGAAUUCACCAUUUUCAGAGAAGAAUGCUCUCUAGGCUCGCGCCUACUCGACCUUGGCUAUUCCUUCACUAUACACGCUCCUGAAUCUCUAGCCGACAGGCAGGGUAUUCAGCACCUACUUUCCCAAAACAAUGACUGUCCCCAAUAUCUUCAAGAGUCCGAAGGUGAAUUGAGAGAUGCUCUCAACUUGGGAACAGCUUCGCCAAACGACAUGAUAGAUGACACUUGGUUUUUGAUUGAUUAUGCAUUUGGGUGGCCAAAAGGAAUCCAGAUCUUACUAGAAGCAGGCGCAGCACCGGGUUACAUUACUUCAGGACUCCGUUAUGUCGAAGACGACAACAUGGAGAAUACUUAUCAUUCAGUCAAACUUCUCAUUGAGGCUGGGUGGCCAUUUAGUUGGGAUGAUAUUUAUGAAUGCCAAAAUUUCAAAGGCAGCGGCAAAAUAAAAUCGCUUCUUGUCAAUGAAUUGGCCACACGACGCAAAAGACUUUGGCAUUUGGCCCAAUCUUGCUUGCCUGCUGGUCAACUUCCGAAAUUGAUAUCAGACGACGAGAAGACAGGCAAAGCUACGAUACUCGAUAUACACACCGCAGACAUUCAUGCUCGACUAGUAAAUGAAGAGAUAUACAUCGAUCCAAUCCUACACCCUGCAUAUUUUGACGACGAGAUUGCUUACGGGUCUGUUUAUCAUUACCAUUUCUCUGCCGACACGCUAGAAGAACUAUACCAGGUUGGCUUCAGGGGUGUCAACCAACUUAACUCCCAAGGCGUCAUGCCUCUCAUGACUUCAGCACGAGACAUACAUGGCAGUCGGGUUGGACGAUCUGCUGGGAGAAACGACAUGGAGCGAAUGGCUUGGCUGGUUUCAAAAGGUGCUGAUCCAUAUCAAGAAGUACCUGGAACAAGUGCAACUACAGCGCAUCAUCUUGGGUUGAAGAUCGUCGACUAUUUCUUCGAAAGUUUCGACAGGUCUGAAGGGGUCGGAUUAGACCCCCUGGAACAAUAUCGAGCUUGGGAGCAGACUGUCGUGGAGCUCGGAAAGAGAAUAUUUCUCCUUCCUUCGGUUUGGGAUGGAUGUGUCUGCGCCUGCUCUCCCGGCGGAUGUACUGCGAUGUCAGUAUUGCUACGACAUAUUUUUGAUUUCUUUUACGGCUACAAGAAUGGAGAUAUCAGCUUUUGGUUCCAAGAGUUCAUACAAUUCCUCCUUUGGUGGACUAGAAGGAAUGCGGAAACUGGCUGGGAGAUUGUCAGAUUUCUGACCUUUGAUGCAUUGGGUCUGGAACACUCAUGUUGUAUCGAAAACUACGAGUUUCCCAUCCUUCGUUACACCCCUUGUGGCUUCAAACUCAAAAGCAGAGAAGAAGAAGAGGCCGAAGAGAUUCGUGACGAAGAGAACUUGAGAAUAAUGGAUUUCGAAAAACUUCUCGAUGAGCUCAAAAUCAAGUUUGACGAUCUUGGCCAACCCGUGAUGGAAUUUUUGGAAGAAUAUUGGUACCCUCGCAUGAUCGAAUAUCUCUCCCAUCGUGAUCCUUAUGACGAAGAACAUGUCAUCGAAUCAAGACGAAUUGGUGUCGAGCUAGAACCGGAAGAGUGGGUUGUCCCUAACAGGGUCUCUAUGCUUAUUGGCUCAAAGAUCAUGUAUAAAAUCAGUACAUAG